AUGUGCAAAAAAGCAGGACGUGCUGGACUGAGCCAGUCUCUGUUCGAACGUCUGGUAGUGCUGGGCGUGCGACCCAUUCGCCUGCAGGUGCAGUAUCGAAUGCAUCCGGCACUUUCUGCUUUUCCGAGCAACGUUUUCUACGAAGGUAGUUUGCAGAACGGUGUGACCGAAGCCGAGCGUACUUUGAAUGGGUUGGACUUCCCUUGGCCACAACCGGACAAACCUAUGUUUUUCUGGAGUACCACCGGUCAAGAGGAAAUCGCUAGCUCCGGAACGUCUUAUUUGAAUCGUACAGAAGCAUCGAACAUCGAGAAACUUGCAACUAGGUUUCUACGUUGCGGUGUUCGACCGGAGCAAAUCGGCAUCAUAACACCGUAUGAAGGCCAGAGAGCAUACAUUGUUCAGUACAUGCAGUACCAAGGGGCGUUGAACUCAAAGCUGUAUCAGGAAAUCGAGGUGGCCAGUGUGGACGCGUUCCAGGGCAGGGAAAAAGAUGUCAUCUUGCUCUCAUGCGUGCGUUCGAACGAACACCAGGGCAUCGGUUUUCUGAACGAUCCACGCCGACUUAACGUUGCUUUGACCCGAUCAAGAUACGGACUGAUCAUCGUCGGCAAUCCAAAGGUGUUGUCUCGACAGCAGCUCUGGCAUCAUCUGUUAGUUUUCUACAAAGAUAAGCAGGUGUUGGUGGAAGGGCCGAUCUCGGCGUUAAAGGAGAGUCCAAUUCAAUUCUCAAAGCCUCGCGCUUUGAUUAACACAACCAAUCCAGGCGGCCGUUUCAUGAGCACCGCUAUGUUCAGCGCUAAAGAAGCGUUGAUUCCGGGCAGCGCUUACGAUCGCAGCCGAAUCAUGAACGGCAUGACCCAAGGUUUUCGCCAGGAAUAUCGCGGGGUACACGACCCUAUGAGCUUCUUGAUGGCCGAACGACUGCACUCUUCUUCUGCUCUGAACAUCCCAGUUCCGCUGAACAUGUUUAUGCCACAGCCUCCGCCUGUGCCGCCGUAUUACGGUCAGGCGCCUUCAUCGGGCAAUAAGACAAGAUGGGUCGUCAACGAUCAGGCUCGAAAACACAACCUUCGAAAUGAAUACGCUGUUGACUACAUGAACAAUCGGGUGAGCCAACAGGACGUUUAUCUCGGAGGAUUUUCUCAAGGGCCGCUGACUCAGGGAGGAAUUUCUUCGGGAAUGAGUCAGCCGUUCCACAUGAGUCAGAGCGCGUCUGGGCCAUUCUCUGGCCUCUCUCAAGCUGAAUUCAGUCAGGAUUAUUACAUGGAGGAAUCGUUACGCUCGCAGUUGGAAGCUAUGAUGUUAUCGCAGGACAUGAAUUAUACCCCACCAGUUGGCUUCGCGUCAACGGGAGGUGGCGCAUCAUCACACAAUCGACAUCUGCCCCAUUAUUUUCAACCGGCUUCGCAGCAGUAA